AUGGCCAACUUUUCUGGUGAGACUGUCAGGUCUUUUACUGAUGAGACGGAGAGCUCAGAUUCCUUCAGUUCCUCUGGAAGCCGUCAGUCUUGGUCCCAAGACUCUGGGAGCAAAUCUGAGAGUGGAAAGCUGACGGUAAGCUCAGAAUAUCAGGAUAAACCAUCUGAGCUUUCAGAUUCUGAAAAUAAUGAAAAAAAAUUAACCAGAAAAUGGAUCAGUCACCUAAGAGGUAACGAAAGCAAUCAUAGAAACUACCAACCAGAUAAACAUCAAAAAGAAAUCACUCACAUAACAGAGAAAGAAUUGCAUGCUUUGCAGUCUUUUUGUACUAUAAAGAUAAACCUGAUCCAUCGUAGGUUGAACUAUAAAGAGGCCAAGAGCAGCAGAGGUAAAAAGAUACAGCUUAAACUGGAUGCAGAGGAUCCAGAGCUAGAUGCACACCAAUGCACCGUUCCAGAUGAACUUUUAAAUAGAAUAUAUUUUAAAAACGUGAAGGCAACACUAGAAUGGAUGUCAACAGCUGAGCAACACAUUUCUUCUCAGUGUCAUAGUUGUAACAGAAAAAGAGCAGAACUGGCCCAAUCUGCUUUCCUAAAGCAAAAGAAGACUUUACUACAGUCAUUCCUACUGCAACAGAAAAUAGAUGAGCAUCUUCACACCAAAGAUUUUCUCACCUAUAUUGGAGAAGCUCACAAGGACCUUCCCAGGCUUUCAGAUGACCCCAGACUAAUAUGGAAAAGACUGACUGGGAGGACAGAGCAGAAGAUGUAG